GUCACACGUCAAUCUGUUUGCAAACUUGCGCCAGCUCAUCGGUGUCAAACGAAUUGAUAUGUUGUAAAUUUAAUUUCAACGUGCGUUCCUCUAGCUUUUUAAUAUAGUUAAUCUAAUUUACUUAAAAAAAUGUAUACGUGGUGGUUGUGUUCGGUGUUACUCGCGCACGUGUUAACGGUGCAGGGAAUAAUGUGGAAUCUAGAGCCGAACACUAAUAAGUGUUUGAAAGAAGAACUUCAUCAAAACGUGCCUGUUACGGGAGAAUUUACAAUUCAAGACGCUCCUGGGCAGAAAGUAGAUUACGUUGUUAGAGACUCUAAGGGGCACAUUUUAGCUCAAAAAGAAGAUGUUGUUACUAAGGGAAAGUUCUCUUUUGUAACUGAAACUUACGAUACUUUCGAAAUUUGUUUUAUAUCAAGAGUAUCACCACAACAUAGAGGAAUGUCCCAAGAAAUUUCUUUAAUUACAAAACAUGGUGUUGAAGCUAAACAAUAUGAAGGGAUUCAAGAAGCAGCUAAGUUGAAACCGAUUGAAGUUGAAUUAAGAAGAUUAGAGGAUUUAUCAAACGAUAUAGUCCAUGAUUUUUCAAUAAUGAGAAAAAGAGAAGAAGAAAUGAGAGAUACAAAUGAGUCAACAAAUAGAAGAGUGUUGUAUUUUUCCGUCUUUUCAAUGUUCUGUUUAUUGGGCCUUACAACAUGGCAAGUAUUGUACCUUAGGAGAUAUUUCAAGGCCAAGAAGCUUAUUGAAUAAAAAGAGUGAGAGAAAGGAAUCGUCGUCAAAUCAUCAAAAGUUUACAUCUUUUUGUUUUUAUUUUUCUUUUCUUGUUUUUGUUUGGUUUGAAAAUUUAUUUCCAUCGUAAUGAUAAAUAAUAAUAUAUUGAUAAAUAGAGGGAAACUCCACUUUUUGUAUAACGCAAAUAAAUUAUUAAAUAAAA